UUGACACCACUUCCAUCGAGUGAAAAGUGUUGCUGUGCAAAUCACAAGCUCAACAGAAGACCUGUCCCCCAAACCAGCCAGUGUCUCGGAGACACAGGACCUUGUCUGUAGUCGCUAGGCUACAAUCUGCUAGGAUGACAGAUCUAAGGCACCGUGGAGCCAAAGACACCGACCCAACGUUACAACAGCAGCCGUCAGAGGACAAGGGCUCUGACAGUGAGCUGAAGGGGGAAAAAGAUGUGCCAUCAGACGGCGAAGCCAAGGCGGACUCGGGGGUCCCAGACGUGCCGGCCCCUGCCGAUGACACCCCGGAGGUUCUGAACAAGGCCCUGUCCGGACUCUCCUCAAGAUGGAAGAACUGGUGGGUCCGAGGUAUCCUCACACUGGCCAUGAUCUCCUUCUUCUUUCUCAUCAUCUACCUGGGGCCGAUAGUGCUGAUGAUGAUUGUCCUCAUCGUCCAGAUUAAGUGCUUCCAGGAGAUCAUCACCAUCGGAUACAGCGUGUACCACUCUUACCACCUGCCCUGGUUCAGGACGUUGAGCUGGUACUUCCUGCUGUGUGUGAACUACUUCUUCUAUGGCGAGACCGUGACCGACUACUUCUUCUCGCUGGUGCAGAGGGAGGAGCCUCUUCGCAUCCUCAGCAAAUACCACCGAUUCAUCUCCUUUGCCCUCUACCUCACAGGGUUCUGCAUGUUUGUGCUGAGUUUGGUGAAGAAGCACUACCGCCUUCAGUUCUACAUGUUUGGUUGGACCCAUGUGACUCUGCUGAUUGUGGUGACUCAGUCUCACCUUAUCAUUCACAAUCUGUUUGAGGGGAUGAUCUGGUUCAUUGUGCCGAUUUCCUGCGUGAUCUGUAACGACAUUAUGGCCUACAUGUUUGGUUUCUUCUUCGGCCGCACCCCUCUCAUCAAGCUCUCCCCCAAGAAGACUUGGGAGGGCUUCAUCGGUGGAUUGUUCUCCACUAUUGUGUUUGGCAUUAUGUUCUCCUAUCUGCUGGCCGGCUACCGCUACUUUGUGUGCCCGGUGGAAUUCAACAACGACUCCAACAGUUUCCAGGUGGACUGUGAGCCGUCCGAUCUCUUCCAGCUUCAGGACUACGCUCUGCCCGCCGUCCUGGAGUCUUUCACUGGCUGGAGCACCGUGCGUCUCUAUCCGUUCCAGAUCCACAGCAUCGCGCUCUCCUCGUUCGCCUCCAUUGUGGGACCUUUCGGGGGAUUCUUUGCCAGUGGCUUCAAAAGAGCCUUUAAGAUCAAGGAUUUCGCCAACACUAUCCCGGGUCACGGUGGCAUCAUGGACCGAUUCGACUGCCAGUACCUCAUGGCAACGUUCGUUAAUGUCUACAUUGCUAGCUUCAUCAGGGGCCCAAACCCCAGCAAGGUGAUCCAGCAGCUCCUGGCCCUCCGUAUCGAUCAGCAGCUCCACAUAUUCAACUCCCUGAAGACUCACCUGACGGAGAAGGGCCUGCUGCCGGCGCUGGAGGAGGCUGCCGCCGCCUAGAGCCACUCGUACCCCCCCCCGAGACGCGGGGCAGCACCCGAGGGUCCCGCGCUGCUCCGGAGCCCUGAGAGACUGUCGGGGCUUUUGUGUGAGCAAAAAACGGAAAACAAGAAAAACUACAAAAAAAAAAAGAGCGAAACCACCACAGUCUCGGGUCAUUCCAUUUAAUUUGGGUGUGAGAGUCAGUGUGUUUGUGUUUUAGCAGUCUGUGAAUAACGUUUCAGUGUUUUGGGGUUUGAGUUAGUGAAUUACUGAUGAACAUUUCCAUUAUCGCCAACCUGUAUCUAUUCACGCUGUUGAACAAAGUGUUGGUCAGCUGUACACUUCUACCUGUAUACAAGGAAUCCUCUAUAUGGUCACUUAUUAAUGUGUGUUUUUAGUUUUAAUGCACUGCUCUCAACUCGCUGUUACUCACUGUUUCAUCAACUAUUCCCCCGGUUUUAGUUUAAAUUGUCUUUGUGGUGAUUGUUUCUAUUUAUACAUUGAUGGAUUUUAUAUUUUGUUUUUCCUAUAUCUUAAUGUUGUGUCUGUUUCAGACCAAAUUCAUCUUUGCCAUCUGCCGCUUGCAUUUUUGUGUCUUUUUCUGUGUUCAUCAUUUUAAAAAAAAGGCCCCUUUGCUCAGCCGAGCCGCUGACAUCCGACUAUCGAUUCAAAGGACACAACAGUUUGGUGGUUUUGUGCUGCAAGUGGCCGAUGAUCUUCACCACAUGUUUGUGUCCGACAGAUAGCAGCCCCCCCUUUUGAGAGGACGAAAGUCUCAUUCUUCCCACACCUGGUUGCCAUUUCAUGGCAGACGCAGAAAAACUCAUAAAAGCGCGACUAUUAGCUUUUGUUUCUUUCUUAACUGACUCGUUAACACUUCUUUUUUUUCCCUAACAGGCAUCUGGUUUAGGUUUCACGCGUUGUAAGUCGGAUUGUUGCAUUAUGGCUUUUGUUUGAGACGUUAUUGGGAUCGGACCGUACAAGUAAGGCACAAUAAUGCUUUCUAUGCUGCUUCUCUCUGUUGUCACGGUUACGCUUCUGAGCAGAAGGGUUGAAUACAGUUGGUCACUGGUUGAGUUGACCCGCGCGUGUUACGGCUGUUGUGCGUUGGAUGUUCAGGUGGUUUGUUAUGUAGUCAGCUGCUGUUGCAUAAAGGUCCCGUGUGUCACACGAGUCUGAAGGAAAAGGAAAUCGUCGUGAUGUCACAAGGACUUAUUGGGGGUAAUCUAGGGUUGUACGUGGGAGAGAUACGCGUGUAGGGUGACAUGUUAAAAGUACUCCUUCAAAACUGCCAACACAAUCUGUUCUGUUCUCUCUUACUGGGUUUAAGUUAUGAAAUAAUGUUUAAUUUUACUUGAGGUCUUUUUACGGAGACGUUGAACUGCAACGCAAAUGGCCGACAACAGAAGGAAACGUUUGACAAGGUACAAAAUAUUUAGAUUGCUAAAAGGGAUGAUGAUUAAAUCAAAGUCCCUUGUUCUUCACUGUGCUGUAAGGAGCAGCAGACACCACGGUGUCUAUCUGCAUGUGGGUCCUAGUCUCUCUUACCCUCAUCAGCUAAGCACCGCAGGCUGUCAGUCAUGUUCAUGCACAUUCGUCAUUUUUUUAUUUUUUUUCUCAAUCAGAGGAAAGAAUUGAUUUUAACCUUGUGGGUCAAUGUUACCCGUUAACGUUACUCCAAUAGAACUACUUCUGUGCUAAAUGUUCGAGGAUGCAGCAAUAUGAACCACCGUACAGUAACGAGUGUAGCAGGAAUGUGAUCCGCAUCCAGGUGUCCAUAAAUGUUCACCCCGUAAAACAACCUUCAUCUGUCCGCUGACUCAGAAAAGUGCUCCAUCAAGUUUCUUCUUACCACAUUCGGUCCUAAUAAACGUCUAAUGUAUUUUUGAGAGAAGGCAGCAAGACGUUUUUUUAAAGCAAAAAUGGUUAAUUCUUCAAUAUGCCAAACCAAGAUUGAGAUGAAAUGAACAACUGUAUGAACCAGAUGUGUAUUUUUGAUUCCUCCCCCUAUUUGAAUGUCUCUCUUCCAAUUUAAUUCAUCACGUUUUUGGUUUGACCUCCGUGACAACCAACCUGUCUUACACUUAACUCCUAAAGUAUUUAUUUAUCAAAUCUAGAUACUAUAUUGUAUAUUUAAGAUGUUAAGAAUAAUGUUGAGUGUUCUUUUGGUAUUUCUGGUUAGAGGAACAUUUAAGCUAUUAUUAUUAUUAUUAUUAUUAUUGCCAUAUAGCAGCGAGUGUUGGGAUGGCUUGCUGUGACUCCGGUGCAGUCGAGUGUGUUUUGGCUCCCUGGCAGCUGUCACGUGUUCUCCUCUUUGUCCCGGUGCAGGUUGAAGCGACCCAGAUACGUCUCCAAAAACCAAUGUGACGACCUGUGUCCCACCGCCUACCGUGGUGUUUUUGACCUUUUUUUUGGGGGGGGCGUUUGCGAGGCCCUGCAGCUCUGUACUGCCUGUUCUUCUCUGCUGUUCCGGUCGGCCACUAGAGAGGGCUGCAGCUCCUGGUGUGUCGGCGGAUCUCCAGCGUGACGCCGAUGCUGCAUCCGAGCGGAGAUGUUUGAUACAUUCCAGUUCCCCUAAGAUGUGCUCACGUGGAAGCAUGUCAGAAGUUUUGUUUUAAGUUUCGUGGCACCUGGGGAACGCCGUGCCAUGUGAUCUACGCUGUGCCACUGAGUCCUGUCCCGCCUGGAGCCCCUAAAAGGAAUGUAUGGGAGUUGUGAUUUCCCCGCUGUAGGCUCAACAUUUCAUUUUGUGGUUAUAGAUUCUCUUUACAAAGCUGUAUGAUUUCGGUAUAUUGUUCUUAAACUGUGCGAUGGUUUGUGUUGAGCUGUACACUUUGUCUAGAGGAAAGUUGUACUCUUUGAUGCUGAAAUGUGCUUUGUUUUAGUUCAAAUAAAAUUAAAGAUAUAAAUAAUA